AGCGACUGCGCCUGUAGUUGUCCGUUGAAGUGCGUUUCCGAGCCUGAAUCAUGAAGAACACAAGAUCUCACUGGGAGUGGUGCGGACAUUGUGCAAUAUGCGAAUAGGACACGUUUUUUGCGUUUUUGUUGCCCUUGUGAAGUUAUAAUGCAGCUGCUCACAGACCCUGCUGCUGACCUCCAUGAAGUGUUCAAGCUCAGAUAAAGUCGGACAGACAGUGAAAACGGAUACUGGACACAUACAGGACAAACCCGCAGAAUAAGAGUGUGAUUGUACUGGAGGAGAGAUGGGGAACGCAGGGAGUAUGAACCAACACACUGACCCCCGAGGACACCACAUGCCCCUCAAACUGCCCAUGCCCGAGCCGGCGGAGCUGGAGGAGAGAUUUGCGCUCGUGCUGAACUCAAUGAACUUGCCUCCAGACAAAGCAAGAUUACUACGGCAGUACGACAACGAGAAGAAAUGGGAACUCAUUUGUGACCAGGAACGAUUCCAGGUGAAGAAUCCUCCUCACACGUACAUCCACAAGUUACAGAGUUAUCUCGACCCGGCCGUGACCAGAAAGAAGUUCAGGAGGAGAGUGCAGGAGUCGACGCAGGUCCUGCGGGAGCUGGAAAUCUCAUUACGGACCAAUCACAUCGGGUGGGUGCGGGAGUUUCUGAAUGAGGAGAAUAAGGGUUUGGAUGUGUUGGUGGAGUAUCUUUCGUUUGCACAGUAUGCUGUCACGUAUGAUGGUGACAGUUUUGAGAACAGCACAGAUAACUCGGUGGAUAAAUCUAAACCCUGGAGUCGAUCGAUUGAAGAUCUCCAUGGAGGAAACAGCCUCUCGUCAGCUGUCACAGGCAACAACUUCUCCAGAACCAGCAGACAUUCAACGUUAAGGUCUAAUACAUUAUCCAGCCGGAAGACUUUGAAGAAUUCCAGAUUAGUAUGUAAGAAAGACGAUGUUCACGUGUGCAUCAUGUGCCUACGAGCCAUCAUGAACUACCAGUAUGGCUUCAACAUGGUCAUGUCUCACCCUCAUGCUGUGAAUGAAAUUGCACUAAGUCUGAACAAUAAGAAUCCCAGGACUAAAGCUCUGGUGCUGGAGCUGUUGGCUGCCGUGUGUCUGGUUCGAGGAGGUCAUGAGAUCAUUCUCUCUGCCUUUGAUCACUUUAAAGAGGUGUGUUCAGAAGAUCAACGGUUUGAGAAACUCAUGGAGCAUUUCAAGAAUGAAGAUAAUAACAUUGACUUCAUGGUUGCCUGUAUGCAGUUCAUUAACAUUGUGGUUCAUUCUGUGGAAGACAUGAAUUUUAGAGUGCACUUACAGUACGACUUCACAAAGCUGGGCUUGGACGAAUAUCUGGACAAACUGAAGCACACCGAGAGCGAUAAACUGCAUGUGCAGAUUCAAGCGUACCUGGAUAACGUGUUUGAUGUUGGGGCUCUGUUGGAGGAUGCAGAGACCAAGAACGCAGCGCUGGAGAGAGUGGAGGAACUAGAGGAGAACAUGUCUCAUCUGACAGAGAAGUUACAGGACACAGAGAAUGAGGCGAUGGCGAAAAUCGUUGAGCUGGAGAAACAACUCAUGCUAAGAAAUAAAGAGCUGGAGUCUAUUCGGGAGGUGUAUAAAGACGCCAGCUCUCAGGUGCACACCCUACGUCGGAUGGUGAAGGAAAAGGAUGAGGCCAUUCAGAGGCAGUGCAACCUGGAGAAGAAGAUCCACGAGCUGGAGAAACAGGGAACCAUCAAGAUCCAGAAGAAAGGGGAUGGGGACAUAGCCAUCCUGACGUCUCCUCCACAGGGGAACGGGCAUCUACCAGGGUCAGAGGGCGUAGUUGGGCUGUCCGGUGAGGGGGUGGUCAGUCAAAGAGGUGUGGCUAAUGGGGCGGCACAUGGUAUGCCCAUGCUUGAACCUCCGCCACCCCCCCCACCUCCUCCUAUGCCGGCGUCAUUACCGAACGGUCCAUCUGCUGCUUUGGCACCAGCUCCCCCACCACCUCCUCCUCCUCCUCCUCCUCUUCCUGUGGAUAUAUCUGCCCCUAUGCCUCCUCCACCACCCCCAAUGGCCCCUCCACUUCCAGGCUGUGGAUCACCCACCGUCAUCAUGAACUCAGGACUGGCAGCUGUGAAGAUUAAGAAACCCAUCAAGACUAAGUUCCGUAUGCCGGUGUUUAAUUGGGUGGCGCUGAAACCCAAUCAGAUCAACGGCACUGUGUUCAACGAGAUCGAUGACGAAAAAAUACUUGAGGAUCUGAAUUCCACUUUGGAUGAGUUUGAGGAGAUGUUUAAGACGAAAGCACAGGGUCCAGCCAUAGACAUCACCUCCAGCAAACAGAAGACCUCUCAGAAAGGACCAAAUAAAAUCUUGCUGCUGGACUCCAACAGGGCUAAAAACCUGGCCAUCACCCUCAGAAAAGUGGGCAAGACAUCAGAGGAGAUCUGCAGAGCCAUUCAAAUGUUUGACCUGCGGACGUUGCCGGUGGAUUUCGUGGAGUGUUUGAUGAGGUUCAUUCCAACGGAAUCGGAGCUGAAAGUUCUGCGGCAGUACGAGAAGGAACGCAAGCCUCUGGAGAACCUGACAGAUGAGGAUCGCUUCAUGAUCCAGUUCAGCAAGAUAGAGCGUCUCAUGCAGAAGAUGACCAUCAUGGCAUUCCUGGGGAAUUUCACAGAGAGCGUUCAGAUGCUCACACCGCAACUUCAUGCCGUUAUUGCAGCAUCUGUCUCUAUCAAGUCCUCACAAAAACUCAAGAAGAUUCUGGAAAUCAUCUUGGCUCUGGGGAACUACAUGAACAGCAGUAAAAGAGGAGCGGUAUACGGCUUCAAACUGCAGAGCUUAGACCUGUUAUUAGAUACGAAAUCAACAGACCGCAAGGUCACUCUUCUGCACUAUAUUGCAAAUGUAGUGAAGGAAAAAUACCAGCAGGUGUCGCUCUUCUACAAUGAGCUGAACUAUGUGGAGAAAGCUGCAGCAGUCUCUCUAGACAAUGUCUUAUUAGACGUGAAGGAGCUGCAGAGAGGGAUGGAUUUGACCAGGAGAGAGUACAGCAUGCACGGACACAACACAAUGCUCAAAGACUUCAUACAGCAAAAUGAGAAUAAACUAAAAAAACUUCAGGAUGAUGCCAAGAUCGCUCAGGAUGCCUUUGAUGAAGUGGUGAAAUUCUUUGGAGAAAAUUCCAAAACAACUCCACCGUCUGUGUUUUUCCCAGUGUUUGUGCGCUUUGUGAAAGCAUACAGGCAAGCAGAGGAGGAUAAUGAACAGAGGAAAAGACACGAGCAGAUGAUGAUGGAGAAGCUGAUUGAGCAAGAAGCUAUGAUGGAGCAAGAGGAUCAGAAGUCUCCCUCUCAUAAGAAUAAGCGGCAGCAGCAGGAUUUGAUUGCGGAGCUGAGGAAGAAGCAGGUGAAGGACAGCAGACAUGUGUAUGAGGGUAAAGAUGGAGCCAUUGAGGACAUCAUCACAGUGCUGAAGACUGCCCCCUUUACUGCGCGCACAGCCAAACGCAGCUCGCGUUACUUCAACGAGGAGCUCCACUUCUAAAGCUUAGACUCUCUCUCUCUUAAAGAUCUGAGAAACCAGCCUUACAGGCGCGCUGACGCCGUCAGGAGGAGCGUUCGAAGACGAUUUGAUGAUCAGAAUUUGCGGCCAAUCAACAGUGCAGAGAUGGUCAUGUGACGAGGGCAGAGGGGAUGUGAUUGGAUGGGCUGGAGGAGUGGGGGAGGAGCUAACUGCUCCUGAACAAAAUAAUGAAGGACUAAUGAAGAUGACAGCAGGUCUGAAAGUCAAGUGCCUAUAUUUAACAUCUGUCACUUCAGGUGUUGAAUCAUACAUGUGUUUUAGUCAGUCUUCUGUCUGUGAUUUUUUUUAUAUGACAAACAGUGUCUUGAUCUGUCUUUUAUCUUAUGGCGCUUAAAUUGUAGAUGGCGAGAUCAGUGUUUUUCUCGAGAAAGUGUCAGAAUGUAAAACUGUUCCAACACUUUAUGUAUCAUGAACCUGUACAAAGGCCUCUUACAUUCCAGUGCUUUCGCCACAGAUCAAAAUUGACCAAUCAUGUGUUUUCUAAAUGACUAAUCUAUUAGUCUGUCUUAAAGAAGGCCUGUAUAAGGGUCCUGUUUUUAUUGGGCUGUUCACAUGGUGCACAUUCUUGUUUAAAAAAAAAACAGAUAGAAAGAGCCCAAUAAAUUGGAAUGCAGCUUGAGAAGCAUUUAACUAUGCUAAAUGUUGUAAAAAUGCAAUGUUGACGGCUUGAGAUGCUGCAGGGUGAGACACAAGAACAUUUCUCACAGAAGGUGAUUUGAAGUCCAGUAGUAAAGUAUUUAAAUGUGUUGUUGGUGCUUUAAAGGAUGAAUUUGGAGACGUAGCUUCUGUGCUGACAGUACUAGUAGACUGUUAGCGUGCUAAAAUCCUCUGAGAGGUUGCAUCUAUUAAUAGUCUUGCAGGGAUGACAUAUUUUUGUUGGCCAAAACCAAAAAAAACGAGUUAGCAUUUAUUUUAGUGCUUCUGGUUCCUUAUGGAACUUAUUCUAGGUAAAAGAAUAAGAUAUUUGCUAUGGCUAAAUGGAACUAAUGAGGUUGUCAACUGUGAACCGGUAAACUCGUCUAGUAACUAGUCCGCUUUCAAAGCCUCAUUGUGUUUAUACUCAUGCUCUUGCAAACUGUUCUAACUCAAAAGUUCAGCAAAAGAGUUGGUCGUGACAUUGAAGUCAUGCAACCAUAGUUUCGUUCGUUUACGUUUAGCUUUUUACUGCUGGCGAUCAUAUUUAGGCUUCAAAAUUCAAAAUUGUAAAGAUUCUCACGAUGAAAAAAUGUGUAAGAAUCAUAAACUUUUGUUGGUCACAGAGCUUAUUUUCUGCAUUAUUCCAAUAGUCAGUGGAAAAUUCCUGUUGGCUUUUUGUCGAGGGAACCAGGGUGGGUUGGCCAACAAAAAUACAUCAAUGCAGCACUCUUUCAUCCACUUUAAAGCACCACCACUAAAUAUAUGAUGGGCCUGUCCCAAUACCCACACUUGUGGUCUUGGCCACAAUGGGAAGUAAGAGCACAAGACUCCCAGGUCUGAAAAAUGCCAAAGCUCAGUGUCCUUAACACACACUAAAUCCAUCUCUAAAACUUCAGUUUUAUGGUUUUCAUCGUGUUCAGGAACUCACCAAACUUGAGAGUUGUCAAGAAAGAAACUUUCCAUUGUAAGUUAAAUUAAUUAGAUCUUACAUAUAAUUUGUCUUUUAAUGCACCUCAAUUAAAAGUUUCAUCUGUUACACUAGCAGACCAGACAUUUAGUAGUUUAUUUUUAAAGUACAAAGCAUUGAAAAUACAGCUCUGUUAAAAGUUCGACACAAACUUGCACAUCUUCAUGCUCACUUGAGUAUUUGGGCCAGAUGCAGGAAAUACAUCAUGCAAGUAAACAAGUGGUCAAGUGUAAAGACCGCACAUAUGGGUAUUGGAACAGGCCCUUUAAAAAUCUAUAUAACCGAAUCGACUAGUCAGUCAGCUGUUUGCACUAAUCGACCAUCCUGAUCCAAGCCUAAUAAGAAGUGUCGAUCCCAGUCAUGGUGGGGUUACUGCAGGAGGCCAUGAGCUGAGGUCACACUCUUGGUGCGCAGAUGGAGAGAGAGUUCAGUUAAGUAGGAGAAGGUGUAAGGAAAGACUUUUUUAGAAAGGACUGAUGUGACAAUAUAAGGCUGCAGAACUCACAUUUCUGAAAGAUUGUUGACAAGUCUGAAUUAAAAAGCUGCUCAAACAAUACUGCUUUUAGGCUUUGGUCCUCAAACUGUGGGUUGAUUAUAAUUACAUAAACCAAAUUGCAGAAGUGAAAUUCAAGAACUUCAGCAGCCUUUAAGAAAGUUCUGGAAUCAGACUUCAGCAUUUUCAGCAAGUUCAUUUCAUUGAAUUAUUCAUGUUCCAUGUUCAAUUCAGGUGAAGCUCUGCGAAGAGAAGCUAAAUCCAACUUGUCUCUCAGUUUGUAAAAACAAGCAAAACUAUUGUUUACAAUAAUGCAUUUAAAAGGGCAGUUUAUGGGCCAAGAAAAAUACAGUUUUGAAAGUAAAACCUCAAGAUUAUCAUUACAUGUUAACUUGAAUAUUGUGAUAGAAUCAGUUACUAUCCAAUAUUCUCUUAGCAAUACAACACAUCUGUCAAGACUGUAACUGGUACAUUAAUAACCAGCAGUUCACCUACCACAAAUACCUACAACAGUCUCAGUGCUAAAAUUAGCCUACAAUUUAGACCAGGGGUGCAAAACCAACCCUGCUCCAACCUGUACUUUUCAAUCUUGAUUAGCUGUAUCAUAGGCGUUUAAUUAGGGUUAAUUCUAAACUGCAUGGCUGUUCAGCAGAGUUUUGCACCCCUGAUUUAGACUAAAAAAUAAAAAUGCUUUAAUAAAUAUAUGAGCUUUACAGUACGUCUGCUUUUUAAACCCUAGCACACUUGCCCCAUACGUCGAUUGGAAGUGCAUUACUGUAAAUGGAAUCUUGUUUGAUACACAGGGGGUUGAAUAUAUUGUCUGUGGUAAUCGACAGCUUAUAUAUAUUGUCUAUCCACAUUGUUUUGAACACAGAAUAUUCCUUAAUAUAUUUUAAGCACUUGCCACUACUUACUGCAUUAACUGUGCGCGUGACGUACGGCCGCUGACCACUACAGCAAACCUCCUUCCCUGUGGCACUCGUUCUUCAAUACAGAAGAGAACAGGUUCAUUCAGUUGCCGUAACUGGACUUGUUUCUUGUUCUUGGUCAGCUCAUGGGAAAUAAUGCUGCGUUUACGCCAUGUCGUAAUAACCGUAGUCUUGAGAAGACAACAUGUGACUUUCUAUUCGGAGCUGUUCACGUCCUCGGACUGGGAAUUAUGCGUUUGGUUUGUAUGGCAACACUAUCAAGGCCUAAAUGAAUUUACAGCGGUCAUGUGGUACAGGUAGGAGCUCUCUGAAAAUUCCCAUCUUACAAGCUGUAAUUACGAGCUCUAUGAGGACGUGAACGCUUUUUACAAGUUGACAUCUCGUAAUUACGGUAAUCACAACAUGGCGUGAACGCACCUUAAGGCCUGUUACAUAAACUUAAUUUUGUGCGGUUCUAUAAUGACCUGCACAAAUGAAAAUUCAAGUUUCUUGUGAUGUGUAAUUCUAUUUAAAAGCAAAAAUAUAAAUAAAAAUAAAAAAAAUGUGUUAAAUGUACAGAUAUUUUGUUACAAAAUUGAAUCUUUUUAACUUUUUAAUCUUCUAAUAUUGUACAUAUUGUUUAAAAAACAAACAAAAAAAUCAUUCUGUACUACAACAUUUGAAUAUUUUAACUUAUAGUUUUCUCUUUUUUUCCUGCAUUUUGUAUAUUUAAUAAAACUGAAAACCUGAAUCUUUAGACAUGUGGCAACAGCACACCCUUAUGCUAAGUAACUAGAAUGUCACUUCUACACUAAAACAUCAGAAAUCAGAUGCAGAAGUAGUAUUAUAGCCACUAUAGAUUUCUGUCUCAUCUCUCAGCAUUCCAUUCAUAAAAACUGGAUUAAACUGGCAAGUGUUUGUUUUUUAUCUUUUUCCAAAAUCACUGUAUCUUAGGCAUUGUAUGCUUACUGCAAAAAAGAUCUGUUCUCAGAUUUAAAAUUAGAUGAUUUCUCAAUGUCCAAUUAAACUAUUUACACAA